AUGGAGGAAGCGAAUAAGAUGAAAGAAGGUGCUGCUGUCAUAGAUGUCAAUAUUCCAUGUUCUCCCAACGAAAAUUUAUCUUGCGUGAUAUCCAUGAAACAGAAGCUGGCCUCCAUGGGUGGAAAUGACAAGUCAUCACUCCCGUUCACCAUAUGCAGGGUCCCCUCAGCCAUCCGCCAAAGCGAUGAGAGCGCCUAUGAUCCUAAGAUCAUCUCAAUCGGCCCAUACCAUCAUCGAAAGCCGAAACUCCAACUCAUGGAAGAUCACAAAUGGCGGUAUCUCCAUACAUUUCUUGACCGCAACCCGAAUAUACGCUUGGAAAGUUACAUCAUGAUGAUGAAAGAUUUGGAGGUGUUGUCCCGAAGCUGCUACUCGGGAAACAUUGACAUGAGUAGCGAUCUGUUUGUGGAAAUGAUGGUGCUCGAUAGCUGUUUUAUCAUCGAGAUCUUACUUAAACAAGAGAAGUUACCCGCAGCGACAGACCUCAUCUAUUCUGAAAGCUGGAUCUUGCCACUUAUAGCUCAGGACAUGCUCCUCCUUGAAAACCAACUUCCUUUCUUUGUCCUCGAACGCUCAUUCGCUCUACACGGCAACAGUUCUUCUCUGUCGGAGCUUGCUUCGGGAUUCUUCGAGCAUAUCGUGGGCAAGAACGAUAAAAUCCCUCCCACAAGCAAUAUACUUCACCUACUCCAUCUGAUUCAUUCCCGUCUGCUGCCGAAAUCGCAAGUGGGUAAGAUAGUCAGUUGCAUGGACUACGUAAAUCUCCAGCAUCAUGAGCAGGACAAUAUCCUGCCUACGAUCUUGAGAAGAUCUGUGGUAUGGAUAGACCCAAAACCGCCAAAAUACCCCAUGAAGAUUCCUCCAGCUGAUGCUCUACGAGAUGCUGGAAUUAAAUUUUGUUUGAAGGACGAUAGUGGGAGUUUCUUGGAAGUAGAAUUCAAGAAUGGGAGGAUGGAGAUGCCGCUCGUCUCUGUCUAUCAUUCCACUAAUUCCCUCUUCCGCAAUUUCAUCGCUUUCGAGCAGUGCUUCCCUUGUUGUGGGAGCCACUUCACUAGCUACGCCAUCUUCAUGGAUUCUAUCAUAAAUACGGAGACUGACGUGGUUAUUCUCAACAAAGCCGAUAUCAUCGAGCAUUGUCUCGGCAGCGAUCAGGACGUGGCCAUUCUCUUCAAUAAUCUCUGCAACGGGAUUGCUUUUGAUUUCAAGGACUCGUUUCUCAAUGACCUGUUUAAGGACGUGAUCGAUUAUAUGGAGACUCCAUGGCACCGGUGGCACGCUCGUCUGAUGCACGACUAUUUCAGCAAUCCGUGGGCCAGUCUGUCAGCGAUGGCAGCCAUUGUCGUCAUUUUUCUCACCUUCGUUCAGACCUACAUCUCUCUCUAUGGCUAUUUCAAACCUCCGUCCUAG